AUGAUUGCAAGCAGUACUUCAACCUGUAGUUUUCUAUUAAAAUUGUUUCGCCUCCAGUACUCUACUUCCGUUAAUUUCGGUUUUGACUUUACGGACAGCCAGCAGCAACUAAAUAAAGCUGCACGUAAAUUUGUAGCUGAUGAAGUGAUGCCAGUAGCAGCUAAAUACGAUAAAAACGGUGAAUUUCCAUGGGAUGUGCUUAAAAAAGCUCAUGCUAAUGGGUUCAUGAACACAACAAUUCCUAGAAGUUGCGGUGGCCUGGGAUUGGAUAUGGUCACAAAUGUUCUAAUUCAUGAAAGAUUUGGAUAUGGUUGUACGGGAAUAACCACAGCUAUGUUAGCGAAUAUCCUUGCUGAAACACCACUGAUUUUAGCUGCUAGUAGUGCAAUUAAAAAAAAAUAUCUAGGGCGAAUGGUCGAAGAGCCUUUGAUGGCUUCAUAUGUAGUCACAGAGUCAUGUGCUGGUUCAGAUGUUGGAGCUACACAGACUUGUUGUAAGAAGAAAGAUGAUAAAUACGUCAUUAACGGGUCCAAGAUGUGGAUUACCAAUGGUGGUGUUGCAAACUGGUUUUUCGUACUUACACGAAACGAUAAUGAUCCAAAAAUACCUGUUAGCAAAGCCUUUACGGCAUUUGUAGUUGAUGCUGAUACACCGGGCAUCAGUAUUGGAAAAAAAGAAAUAAAUAUGGGUCAACGUGCGUCAGAUACACGAGCAAUAACAUUUGAAGAUGUUCAAGUACCAAAAUCACAAAUGAUUGGUGGUCCUGGGGAGGGCUUCAAGAUUGCUAUGAAGACUUUUGAUACUACCAGACCACUGGUGGCAGCGAUAGCAACGGGAUUAGCGGCUCGUUGCCUGGAUGAAGCUUGCAAGUAUGCACUAGAAAGAAAAACAUUUGGUACUCAAAUCGCUAACAACCAGGGAAUAUCAUUUAUGUUGGCUGAUAUGGCUAUAAAUGUGGAACUUUCACGGCUGAUAACUUAUCGAGGUGCAUGGGAAGUGGCACUAGCACAAAGCUCACCUGCCUCAUAUUAUUCGUCCAUUGCUAAAUGCUUCGCUGCAGAUACUGCCAACAUUGCUGCAUCUAACGCUGUUCAAAUCUUUGGCGGGAAUGGAUUCAAUACAGAAUAUCCGGUGGAAAAACUAAUGCGUGAUGCAAAAAUAUUACAAAUUUAUGAAGGCACCAACCAGAUCCAAAGGAUUAUUAUUGACCGCAAGUUAACUGCGCAAAUUCAAGAAACCGGAACUACAAGCAUGCUUUAA